AUGGAGAAUGAGAGACUAAUCUUCAACAGUGGUUACACCUGUGGCUACGUACCGUAUGGCAAUGCUAGUGCCCAGACCUGCGUCUCUGAAGUCUCUACUGGGGAAUUCUCUGCAAUACAAUGCUACGGUUCAACAAGCGUCUUGACCCAGCAGACUAUACCCGCUACUGUUGCUGCGUCUGAGACUGUCACCACGUCCUACACGACACCAAAUGUCAUUGUGCAGACCAUGACAAUCAAAGCCCCUCUUUUUCAGAUCAUCCACCAAUCCACCGACCUGCCAAAAUCCAUGUCAACUAUAUCAACAACGCAGACGUCACAGCCAGGCACUUCCUUGUCGACCGGCGCGAAAGCCGGAAUUGGUGUUGGUGCUGCCGCAGGAGGUCUGAUCCUCAUCGGAGCCGCCCUGUUCCUGCUUUAUUGGAGACGAAAAAGGGAUCAACGGCUAUUUAACCCGGUCGCUGAUGAGCCCCAUGAUCUAGCAGAUGAACCCCAUGAACUAGCAACAGAUACAUCCAAGGCGGAACUUCCCGGUCAUGCAAUUCCAGUAGAGGUGGAUGCAUUGAAGGCUCGCCUGCCGCCUGCUGAGCUUGGUUGA